AUGGCCGCUAUCGUAUACAUCACCUUUUGGUACCCAAUCACUGGGCCCUAUACAACACCUGCUAUUCACAGCACAGCUGGUGCAUGGGGCCCUCACCUUCAGCCCCUCCCAAAGUCGCGAGUAGGAGAACUAAGAGAUACAUUCAGUGGCUAUAAGCAUCGCGGCAAAUCAUGCGACAUCUCCUCCUUAGAUCUUCACGCUCCUGUUGGAUCCAUAUGUGCAGAUAAAAACACGAUGCUAACCGCCAUGUCAUCUGGUGGCCGGAUUGGAAAAGAUGCGCCGUACCUGCCUCGAGGUUGCGAUAUGCAAUGGUUCAACACGAGGGAGGUUUGUGAAAUCUUGGGCCGAUACUCUCAAGUCAUUCUUGUGGGCGAUUCAAUGCUGAGGCAUGUUAUUGGGGCGCUCAAUAUUUUGAUUCGAGAGGAUUUGGGUUAUGGAGGAGUCACUGAUUGGAACUUCAAUGAAGAGGAAAAACAAAAGUGCUUUUGCAAUAACCAAUUCGACGUGCACGACUGCUCUGUCCAGGGCAUCUUUAGCACAGCGGAUGUCAUAGAACAUGACCCACUAAGCUUGGUGUGCCCCAGGAUCAUUCCGGAAUGGAACACAGAUCUGAGGAUUGAGCAGAUAGUGCGGUACCCGGCCCCGGAAGACGAGUAUCAACGGCUCCAGAAGGCAAUCGAUCCAAAUCCUUCGCAGCGAAAGGCAUUCGUACUCGGCCAUGGACUCUGGAAUGAUUUAGAUGUGGGCCAAUCCCUUAGCUGGCUGGAUGUGGUCCUCGACACGAUCGAGGCAAAGACAAAAGCGCGUACGCGGCUGCGGGGCCGUAGCUCUCGAGUCAACUUACCGGUCCUCUUGGUAACGCCAAACGCGGCGGGAGACAAGAAACCGGACCAGUGGAUUGUUAGCCAAGGAAAUAAGGCCCUUGUUCGGUUCGAGCAAGCGAUGGCGGUAGAAGCAGCCAAGAGGCGUAUCGAUCAUCUGGGGACGUGGAACAUGAGUAUACAGGCAACCCUAUACGACGGCGUGCAUAUGGAUAUGCGCGGCAAUCUGUUGAAAGCUAUGAUGGUCAUAAACUGGUUGAACCUAUUGGAGCCUUGA